UUUGUGCAUAUAUGUGGACUGUGGUUGAUGUUAGGCAGUGAUAGGCUGAUAGCAGCACUAGCAACUUUCACUGUUUUAUCUUCUCCAAUAAUUUCUGUUGCCAUUAGGGACUGAACACUUGCCAGCGAAACAGCAAUGGCGGCGGCAAGAAUCAUGGUAUCAGCCAGCAACACUUUAACGGCUUCGCUCCUAUCGAAAGGUCCAUUACGAAGGCCCAACAAUUUCAGCCUUUGCUUCAGAAACGGACCGGUGCAAAAGAAGCGUCUUUUCACUUGCAGUGCAAUCUACAAUCCCCAGAUUCAGACUAUAGAAGAAGGACAGCCAGAAACCCUAGAUUACCGCGUGUUUUUUGCAGACAAUUCCGGCAAAAAGAUAUCCCCUUGGCAUGACAUACCACUACAUUUGGGUGAUGGUGUUUUCAAUUUUGUUGUUGAGAUCCCCAAAGAAUCAAGUGCAAAGAUGGAAGUUGCUACAGAUGAGCAACACACUCCUAUUAAACAAGACACAAAGAAGGGGAAACUUCGAUACUAUCCAUAUAAUAUUCACUGGAACUAUGGAUUGCUUCCUCAAACAUGGGAAGAUCCUACUUUUGCGAAUACCGAAGUUGAAGGGGCAUUAGGUGAUAAUGACCCUGUUGAUGUUGUUGAGAUUGGGGAUAGCCGAGGUAAAAUUGGCCAGGUUCUGAAGGUCAAACCUUUAGCUGCUCUGGCAAUGAUUGAUGAAGGAGAACUUGACUGGAAAAUAGUUGCUAUUUCACUAGAUGAUCCAAGAGCUUCACUUGUUAAUGAUGUUGAUGAUGUGGAAAAACAUUUUCCGGGCACUCUCACAGCAAUCAGGGACUGGUUUAGAGACUAUAAGAUACCUGAUGGAAAACCUGCUAAUAGGUUUGCUCUUGGCAACAAGCCAGCAAACAAGGAUUACGCUCUUAAGAUUAUUACGGAAACCAAUGAAUCUUGGGCAAAGCUGGUCAAGAGAUCAAUCGCUGCUGGUGAGCUUUCACUUGUAUAGUGAUUAAUAGAGCUCUUAAGCCUCCUGCUUGUAACCUAAACUGGACAUGGAAAAUGUCCCCAUGAUUGUACUCUUUCGUCUGGGGUGGAAGCCAAUUCAUAUUUUAAAGAAAGACUUCUUUGUUAUAAGCUACUGUUUUUCAUUUAUCAUCAAUAAUUUUGUUCAUCCAGUAGCAUUUGUAAGUUAUCCAGAACGAAAACAAGUGUAUUGACAUAUGAUUUAAUCUUCAUUCUCCAGAUGCAUCAAUUGAAAAUUAGAACUGGGUCUACCUUCA